GGGAAAGAGGAGAAGAGAGAAGAGGGAACGAUCGAUCGAUUGGGGUUGGGAGGGAAGAGAGGACGAUCGAUCGAUCGAAGAGGAGGGGUUGGGAAUGGGGAUCCAGGGGCUUCUCCCCCAGCUUAAGUCGAUCAUGGCGCCCAUCAACGUGGAGGAGCUCCGAGGGCAGACCGUGGCGGUGGACACCUAUUCUUGGCUCCACAAGGGCGCCCUCUCCUGCAGCGUCCAGCUCUGCAAGGGCUUGCCUACCUGCAAGCAUAUUGAUUAUUGCAUGCAUAGAGUAAAUAUGUUACGGCAUCAUGGUGUCAAACCUAUUCUUGUAUUUGAUGGAGGGCUUCUGCCAAUGAAGAGUGACCAGGAAAUGAAGCGGGCAAGGGCAAGGAAAGAAAAUCUUGAGCGUGCAAUGGAACAUGAGGCAACUGGCAAUUCUUCUGCCGCCUAUGAAUGUUACCAAAAGGCUGUUGAUAUUUCACCUUCUAUCGCUUUUGAAUUAAUACAGGUCUUGAAGCAGGAAAAAGUUGAUUAUAUUGUGGCACCUUAUGAGGCUGAUGCUCAAAUGACAUUCCUGUCCAUGAACAAGCUUGUUGAUGCAGUCAUUACUGAGGACUCAGACUUUAUUCCAUUUGGCUGUUCCAGAAUUAUCUUCAAAAUGGACAAAUUUGGGCAGGGAGUCGAGUUUCAGAGUUCAAAGUUAGGCCAGAAUAAGGAGCUGGACUUUACUGGAUUUACUAAACAGAUGUUACUUGAGAUGUGCAUUUUUAGUGGAUGCGACUACCUGCAGUCAUUGCCUGGUAUGGGUGUCAAACGGGCUCAUGCACUUGUCCAGAAGCUAAAAAGCUAUGAGAAGGUAAUUAAGCACUUACGGUACAGUGCUGUCUCUGUCCCACCUCUUUAUGAAGAAACUUUCAAGAAAGCGAUAUGGGCUUUUCAGCAUCAGAGAGUUUAUGAUCCUGUAAAAGAAGACAUUGUGCAUCUAUCAAAUGUUUCUCAUGGCCUUGGCGAAGACUUGGAUUUUUUGGGCCCAUGGUUACCACAAAAUGUAGCUAAAGGCAUAGCUCAAGGAGAUCUUGAUCCCUUAACAAAGAUGCCAUUCCAGGGGAAGGUAACAUGCGGUAGCUUGAUGCUUGAUGGGAAAUACUCAAUGAAAGAAUCUGCUCCUGCAAAUGGAAGGAAAAAGCUAGAUUUGCCUGUGCAGAAGAAUGUGUUGACCAAUUACUUCUGUCUAGCAUCACUGGAAGCAAAGCGGAAAUUCAGGGCCCCAAUGGUCAUGACAAAGCAAUUGGUGACGACGGAAUCAUCUUCUCCAAGCUCUGAAAAUCAUGAUUCUGAUUCACCUAUUUCAGCUGAAGAGACAGUUACUUAUGCCAUAAACCAAACAGAAAGCUCUUUGCCUAAUUCUGAAAACUUUGGCUGUAGACUUCCUUCCGAGGAUUCUAUGGAAGUCAACUUUUCCAGUAAAAGUGAGAAGCUUAUGGGGUUACCUUUAAAUGGUGAUUUUUUCAGUUUACAACAUCCUUCACUAAUGGAGCCAAAGCAUGAAGCACUAAAAUCAUUUUUAGCAUCACAAAAGGAACAAAGAUGUGACUCUGCAAUGGAUGCUGUUGAAAACAAUAUGAAAUCUGUUAACAGAAAAAUCAUAGUAAGAAGUAAGUAUUUCAGGAAUAAGUUAUUGGAUGCCAAUGAUUGCAAAAGUCAAAAUGAGGAGCCCUGCAUAAAUAAGGAAAAUGCCUGUGAGAUCCCUGAAGACUGUCCUGUUUCCAAGACAACCUCACCUGGCAAGAAAAGAAAGUUAAUCGAUGUCCCUAAUGUGCACAGAGGACCUCUGCCAUUGAAGCAUGCACGAGGAGCUAGUAGUGGUUGUCAUGUGGCUAAUUUAAACAAUAAAGAUGCAAAUAUUAAGGCUGAUGGAAAUUUUGGAUGUGACGUUUCCCAUUUGAACAAUUAUACUGAUAUAGCAGAAAAAUCAAUGGAAAAAUUUGUGUCACUUAUAUCUUCCUUCAGAUACACUUCAUCGGGUUCUCGUGCAAGUGGCCUCCGUGCUCCUCUAAAAGAUGUGCAGAAUACAUGCCCAGUAAGGACGGCUGUUGCACCCAUUGAUAUCGGCAAAUUUGCAUAUAAACCGAGAAAAUAACCGUCUGAGACCUCUUGCAGUCCCAGGAUGUGAUGAUUGCCUUAAGCUGAGCUAUGCAUUUCGGAGUUCACAUGUUGUAAGUAAUAGCCAGUGUUCAUGUUCAUUUAUCCAUUGCGUGGAAGUAGGCUUUGUAUGGCCUCUUCUUAUCCAUUUUGUUGUGGUGCACAGAUGUAAGUAGAAAACUAUUCAGGAUUUAAAAAUUAAUUAUGGAAAUAACAUAUUAAGGACUUGUACUCCAAAAAAAUUU